AUGCCGGAAGCAAGAGAAUGGAUAAAAACCGACGAAAGCGCGGCGGACAUGCUGGCUAGGGUUUUCGCUGAGAGGCCGUUCUUGCCUUUACCGCCACCGCUUCACAAGAUUCCGCUUCGCGCCGGAAAUGUGGUUGAGAUUAUGGGUCCGCCGUCUUCUGCUAAAACCCACAUCUUAAUGCAGACUGCGAUUAGUUGCAUUUUGCCCAAGGAAUUUGGAGGGAUGGAGCGAUUGGCUGUUUUUAUUGACUUGGAUUGUCGAUUCGAUGCUCUACGCUUUUCCCAGAUGUUGAGGCACAAACUAAAUUUAUCAAAUGAUAAGAACUCAAAGAGAGGAUGCGAUGAAGAUUUAUUUGCAGCUAGCAUGAGACGCUUCUUGUACCUCCGCUGUUAUGAUAGUUGUGAGUUUCUUGCUACUCUUAAGACAAUGAAUUAUCAACUGCGGAAACAAAAGGAAAUGCAUGGUGUUAGUGUCCAUUUGCUUAUACUGGACAGUAUUGGAGCUUUCUACUGGAUGGACCGUGCACUACCUUCGUUGGGCUUAGGAAACAACAAAAGGAAAAGCCUCACUCUUCAAAUUGUAACUGAGAAUGUGGUUCAGGACAUUCAAAAGCUUUUAUUGGUGCACCCAUUACUUGUUUUAGCUUCGAAAACAGCAAAUUCUGGGGACAGGAAUACAACAAAUGAAGGUUCGAGGUACGUGAACAGUAAUUCUCGAUCCCAAGUACAUCGCGAAUACAUGCCUUCAGUCUGGCAGACAUUCGUCACCCACAGGAUACAUGUAACAUCAGAUGACAAGGGCCACAGUCAACAGCGGAUUUAUUUGGCUAACUGGUUGUUGCCUUCAUCAAAUCAAUCAGAAUCAUUUGUGGUGAAUGACGAUGGUUUGCUUCUCGUACCUCAAAUGUUUGCCGGCAUUUUUCCAAAGGUGAAUAUGCCACCCAAACCACCGCCCCCCGCCGCCCUAACUAAACCCCAUAAACCCUACUUCUUCUACGGUCACCGGAUACCCACCCAGAACCGCCCAACCGUCCGCGGUGGCCUUUUCUCCAACCGACAAACCGUCGACCCGAAACGUGAUACCCGGCUCCCUUCUUCUCAACCUCCAUUCGACUUUUCAAAAUGGGACCCGGACUCGUCAGUAACCCGGCCGAGGCGCAUCAAAAGAGACCCGUCGGAGAAAUUCUUCGCGGUGGCUCAAUCGUUGUCUCCGAUUGCCAGAUAUAUUGUCGAUUCUUUCCGGAAGCACCGCCAGUGGGGCCCCUCUAUAGUGGCUGACUUGAAUAAGCUCCGCCGCGUGACUCCGAAGCUUGUGGCGGAGGUCCUUAAAGUCCCUGAUAUUGAUUCUAGACUGUCCACUAAGCUCUUCCACUGGGCUGGUAAGCAAAAGGGUUAUAGGCAUGAUUUCGCUUCCUACAAUGCCCUUGCCUAUUGCUUGAACCGGAAGAACCAAUUUCGGAUGGCUGACCAGGUACCCGAAUUGAUGCAUAUGCAAGGGAAGGCUCCUAGCGAGCAACAGUUUGAAAUCUUAAUAAGAAUGCAUGCUGAUGCAAAUAGGGGACUUAGGGUGUACUAUGUGUAUGAGAAAAUGAAGAAAUUUGACAUUAAACCAAGGGUGUUUCUGUACAACAGAAUAAUGGAUGCCCUUGUCAAAACUGAUCACCUUGAUUUGGCCUUGUGUGUCUAUAAUGAUUUCAAGGAGGAUGGUUUAAGAGAGGAUAGUGUUACCUUUAUGAUAUUGAUCAAGGGUUUGUGCAAGUCUGGACGGAUGGAUGAAGUACUUGAGCUUCUGAGCUGCAUGAGAAAGAACGUAUGCAAACCAGAUGUAUUUGCUUAUACAGCAAUGGUUAAAAUACUGGCUACUGAUGGAAACUUAGAAGGGUGUUUAAAGAUUUGGGAUGAAAUGCAAAAGGAUGGAGUGGAGCCAGAUGUUAUGGCUUAUAAAACUCUAGUGAUAGGGUUGUGCAAAGGGAAUCAAGUUGAAAAGGCUUUUCAGUUAUUUGAGGAAAUGAAGCAUAGUAACUACUUGAUAGAUAGGGCUAUCUACGGAUCAUUGAUUGCGGCAUUUGUGGCAAAUGGGAAGGUUGGUUCAGCUUGUGAUAUGUUGAAAGAUUUAAUGGAAUCUGGAUAUAGGGCAGACGUGACAAUAUAUAACUCUCUCAUUGAGGGUUUAUGUGGUGCACAACUGGUAGAUAGAGCUUACAAGCUUUUCCAAGUUACCAUUCAAGAGGAUCUGCAGCCUAACUUUAGCACUGUCAAGCCUAUAAUGGUCUCUUUUGCCGAGUCAAAUAGAAUGGAUGACUUCUGCAGAUUGCUUGAGCAAAUGAAAAGUUUGAAUUUUUCUAUUCUGGAUCUUUUAACUGAACUUUUCUCUUCUAUGGUAGAGAAGUCUUCGCUAAUGGUGGCUUUAGAUUUGUUUGAACACUUGAAGUUAAAAAAUUAUCUCUUUGUUUCAGUUUACAAUAUCCUUAUAGAGGCUUUGAACAAAACUGGGGAGGUGAGAAAGGCAUUGUCACUCUUUCAUGAACUUAAGAGUUCAAAUCUUGAACCUGAUACAGUAACUUAUAGUAAUGCCAUACAAAGUUACGUUGAGAGUGGCAGUGUAAAUGAUGCAUGCAUAUGCUAUAACACUCUCAUUGAGAUGUCCUCAUGUCCUUCAGUUGCCGCUUACUCUUCUCUUGUAGAUGGCCUUUGCAAAGCUGGGGAGAUCGAUGCUGCCAUGAUGCUGAUUCGCGACUGCUUAGCUAAUGUUGUAAAUGGACCUUUGAAGUUUAAGUAUACCCUAACUAUAAUCCAUGUUUGUAAGGUAAAUGAUGCCCAGAAAGUAAUUGAAGUUAUUGAUGAAAUGAUAGAACAUGGCUGCUCUCCUGAUAAUGUUAUAUAUUCAGCCAUAAUAUUUGGAAUGUGCCAGCACGGAACUAUUGAAGAAGCAAGGAAAGUUUUUGCAAGUUUAAGAGGAGUCAAACUUCUCUCUGAAGCUGAAGUGAUUGUUUAUGAUGAGUUACUUAUUGAACAUAUGAAAAAGAAAACAGCCGACUUAGUUUUGUGUGGCUUGAAGUUUUUUGGUUUGGAAAGGAAGUUAAGGGCAAAAGGCUCUACCCUUUUGCCUUUGCCUGGUUGA